AUGUGCUUCGAACGCCUGAUCAACCUGAGGUGCGGUCACUACGAAUCAUACCAGCUGGACAAGACAGGUUGCAAGUAUCAGGCUGGACGCCGGUGCCCCAACUACGUGCAGCUCAAAAUUCGCCAGGACAAGAGCCGGAGCUGUCCCAACUGCAAAGCCAGCCUCCUGGCCACAUUCGGCAUCGCCAGUCCAAGCUUGCGAUGGGGAAAAUAG